AUGGAAACAACUACUGCAGGAUGGAUAGGCCUAAUAGUGGUUUUAUUUUUGACCAGUUUCGGUGUAACAUGGCUCAUAAUAUUAGUAAUAAGUUUGGUGUUAUUUAUGAUAGGAUUGAUAUCAUUGUUAUAUGUACAACAGGGUAACAUAGAAAAGUUGUAUUUCAAAGGUGCUGGUAAUCCAUUAAUAUCUAAUAAAGUUCGCGAAGGUGGCCUGGAACAUAUAGUUAAGCAACUCGAAAGUCCGAAGAGAGUUCCAAAACAGGACCACAGGGUCACCGGCAGCGAAUUAAUCGAUAGUUCCUUACAAGAAAUUCUCGGCUACGUAAUCAGGGAUUACGUGUCUAAUUGGUACAAUAUUAUUACCAGAGACCCGGAGUUUCCCAAUGUGACUGUCCGAAGAACUGCUCAGACUUUUGCCAUUAACAUUUCCAAUAGGGUGAAAGAUGUCGAUUGGAUUCCGUAUUUAACACAGAAAUUCGUCGAUGACGCUGCAUCACAUUUGAGAUUAUACAAGCAAGCCCGAGCUAAAUUAAAGCUAGCAGAAGCUGCGAAAGAACAAAAAAAAUCCAUACAAAAAGAUAAGGGAUCGCCGAAAAAAAGCAAUCACAAACGAAAUAAAAGCGAAACCGAUGUUAGUUGGUACACCGGUAGAUCGAAUAAUGAAACAAAAAAAGAUGCUGAUAGAAUAUUAGGUAAUUCGAAAUUUUAUGUAAACGAUGGCAAGAACGAAACUCUGGAGGAUUAUUUCUUCGAACUCGAAUGCCAAAUGGAAAACAAUGUGAUAUCGAGAGAUCUAGUGUGUAGAAAUUUGCAAAAUGAAAAAGAUUUCUUAUGCGAAGUAGUCGAAAUCCUUCUAUACAUCCUACUUCCCGAUGAAGAUUUCCAAUGCAAACCUCUGCGCUACCUGCUAAGGGAGAUAUUUGUUAACGGUGUCGUUUUACCAUUAUUCAAUUUGGUUUCCGAUCCGGAUUAUAUAAAUCAAGCUAUGAUUUGGCUGUGUUUACGUGAAAAUCAGUUGCCAAGUGAUAUAUUUUUAACUGUAGUUAGAUUAACGGAUAGCUGUGAUGAAUUGAGAGGUACCAAAGAUCUAAUUGCGCUCGAAAUACAAACUCUGAGAUCUCGUGAUUCCGGCGGGGAAAGCGAUUUAUCCGUCAAACAACAAUUAAGCAGUUUAUAUUACGUAUUGAAGCUGAUUGAUAACAAAUUAUCUAAAAUGGAGAACAUGGACAUGUCAAGCACGGACGGGCAAUCUCUCGAUUACAUACAAAUGGAGAACGUCAAAAAAAUCGAUCUGACUCUCGAUCAAAUCUUAAAAAACAACGUCGCACUGUCGUACUUCAUCGAUUUCAUUUCUAGUCAAGAAAGACAAGUCGACCUGUUUUUCUACUUAAACGUAGAAGGCUGGAAGGUGUCCGUCGAACAGCAACUCUCCGACCUCCACCUGGCGAAACUGACCAAAGGCCACGCCGACAACGCCGGCCCCGUUUACGAGAACGUCCGCUCGACGGCGCUGAGCAUCUACGAGCAGUACUUGGGCGAGCGAAGCGAACAACGAGUGCCCAUCAAACCGGCCCUGGUGCAAACGUUGCACUUCAAAAUCCGCAAUCUCAACGAAACGCCGUCGGAGACUUGGUUCGACGGCGUCUUGGAAGCCGUCUACGAGAAAUUGGAGACUAACUACUUGGCGCUGUUCAAAAAGAGCAAAUCGUACGUUAAACUGCUGCAGGAGCUCGAUCUGUUGCAGCAAAACAACGCCGAAGAUGAUAUUAUCAGUAUUAAUAGCAAUGAAAGCCUGGAACCCAACGAACACGUAUCCGUGGUUGCGAAGAAGCCGGACUUCUUGACUGUGGAUUACACGAAGAACGUAAAGCACGUGCGAUCGCUGAGCGAUGUGACGGUGUUGAUAGGUAAGGAAGAAUCCGAGGGUAAAUCUCGCGUUUCGAGUGGAGAGAGGCCCGGCGAAAUCGUGACGCUCAAAGAACAAGAGGAGAAGAUCGACGAGAAGGCGUUGAAAGUCGGCGCUUUUACGCUCGUCGUUAACAUCAUAGAGACCGGUAUUGUGUGCGAGAAAGGCAAGACGUUCGGUAUAUAUGCCAUUAGAGUUACGCGAUCGUACGAAACGGGGUAUCAAGAGGAAUGGCACAUUUAUAGGAGAUACAGCGACUUUCAUGAUCUCUACACUAAAGUGAAAGAGAAAUUUCCAGAUCUUUCGAAACUCCCGUUUCCUGGUAAAAAAACAUUCCACAAUAUGGACAGAUCUGUGCUGGAGCGCCGAAUGAAAAUGUUAGGGGCCUACAUGAACGAAUUGUGUCACAAUAGCGUGAUAUCCACGCAUCGCGGGUUGAAAGAUUUGGUAAUGACUUUUCUCGAGCAAGGGGAUUAUGAUCGAGCCACCGGAGGGCCAAUUUCCAGCACGAUAAACACCUUAGUGAAUCCACUGAAAUCCGGAAUGAAAACCAUCAAAAACAUGCCGGAACAGUUGAUUAAUACUGUAGAUGAAGUUGUAGGAGGUUUGUCCAAGGUGUUCCAUCCGAAGCCGCUUAGGUUUCCAGAGGCUUGUAAAGUCGGAGCCUCAAUCGAAGAGACCGACGAUAACAUUCCACUUAGAAUAAUGCUGUUGAUGAUGGACGAAGUGUUCGAUUUGAAAUCUCGAAACCAAUGGUUGAGGAGGAGGAUAGUUACGUUGCUGAGGCAAAUCGUAAGGACCAUGUUCGGGGAUAUAGUUAAUCGUAGGAUUUUAGAAUAUGUAUCGUUCAUAACCAGCCCCAAAAAUGUAGCUCAUUACCUGUACAUAUUCAAGCACUCGUUUUGGCCCAACGGUAUGAAAAACGACAAGAAGUCAGAACGAGACGAUAACACUAAAUAUAGGACCAGAAUUGCAGCUAAAGUAGCUCUUUUAUCUUGUUUAUCAGAUGAACUGAAACAUAUUAUCGGUUCGGAAACGACCAGGCGAGGUUUACUUACGAUCUUCGAUCUGUUCCAAAGGCCUAUUUUGAAUAGAAGAUUGUUGUACGUUUUGUUAGAGGGAGUGCUCUGUAACUUAUUUCCUGAUAAAGGAAUCGAUAAGUUGUUUGUAAAGUUGUACUCGAAGUCCAAACACGAUGAGCAUGUGUCGAGGGCGAAGAAAUGGAGGUGA